AUGGAGUUUAAGGUGGGUGACAUGGUUAUGUUGAAAGUGUCGCCUUGGAAGGGUAUUAUUCGGUUUGGUAAACGAGGUAAGUUGAGUCCUCGUUUUAUUGGACCAUUUAAAGUCCUGGAGCGGGUCAAUCAACAAGCCUAUAAGCUAGACCUUCCUCCUGAAUUAGAUGGUAUUCAUAACACUUUUCAUGUUUGCUACCUGAGGAAGUGUUUGACAGAGGAGAUGAGUGUAAUUCUUUUGGAAGAUAUUAGCAUUGAUCCCAAGAAGAAAAUGAUAGAUGAAUCGGUUGAGAUUCUUGGCCGGAAACAAAAGAAGCUUCGUAGGAAGGUAAUCGACCUUGUGCUGAUUAAAUGGAGGCAUAAUAAAGGUGAGAGUUUAACGUGGGAGACUGAAGCAGUAAUGAGGGAUCGUUACCCGCAUUUAUUUGUUGCUGAGUAG